UCCCUGAGAGAUGCAUCAAUUCUUUGCUGGAAGCAACUCAAAGGUCCUGCGUGUUGAUUGUUGAGCUGGGAAGAACAAGGCAGGCAUUCACUCCCAAGACAAGCUCAGUUCAGACUUUUGGCAGCAAAGAAGGACCCUCCGAAAAGCCUCUGAAAAUGCCUUCUCUGCAGAGCAAUUACCCUUCGUAUCUUGCGCUUUCCAUCUUCAAUCUCCUCUGUUGCUGCUUUCCCAUCGGCAUCGCCGCCGUCAUCUACUCUUGCCAGGUGAACAAUGCCAAUGCCGUGGGGAACAGCAACAUGGCUGCCAAAGCAUCCCGCACGGCCCGCACUCUCAACAUUGUCGGGAUCGUCCUCGGAGUGAUCGCUAUUAUUGCCGGCAUCGUGUUUUUCGUGGUCGUGGCAAAGAAGGCACACUGAAAGUACUGCCGGGGAGCCACCACAUCCAUCCGGCUUGGAGGAACAACCCAAGGUCUCUCCAUUAAUGGGAGAUGGAGAAGGAAGAUAGAGGAAAAGAGCCUUUGUUCCUGGUAUUCUCUCUCUCUCUCUCUCUCUCUCUCUCUCAGUACUUUAUUGUUUUGCCCUCCUUUAAUGCCUUCGGAGCAAUUCUCAAAGCUGUAAGCCAAUAAAGCUCCAAAUGCUUUGUAAUAAAA